AUGGGGCCGGAGCUAGCAAGAACGUUACUCAUUUUCACAGCCAUUGAUUUUUCGAGUAAUGGGUUCCAUGGAAAAAUCCCUGAGGCGAUCGGAGAACUUUGCGCGAUCCAAAUGCUCAACCUGUCUCACAACAGCUUCACCGGCCAUAUUCCACAGUCUCUGGGGAACUUAGUACAACUUGAAUCAUUGGAUCAUUUGUCAAACAAGCUCAGUGGCAGGAUUCCUUCCCAAUUGACAAACCUGACAUUUCUGGAAGUGUUGAUUUUUUCACAGAACAACCUCGUGGGACCUAUCCCCUAUGAAAAGCAAUUCAACACAUUUGAGACUGAUUCGUAUCAGGGGAACUUGGGAUUAUGUGGCUUCCCCUUGACAAAGCAAUGUGGCAGCGGUGAGGGACCGGAACAGCCUGCAAAAAUGAUCAGGGAAGAUGAUGGAGGUUCUCGGAAAGCUUUUUUUGGAGACUUGUAA